CACACAUGCUCAGGAAGGGAUCACUCACACAGACACACAAGACACAUUAUAUAGCAAGACUUGCACACAAGCGCACCUAUUGGGUUUUCGAGAGCGUCCAUGCGUAUUGCGAUGGCUACAGUUGUCAGAGGGAGUUGGGACUUGGUGGUGGAAGACGGAGUUUAGAAAAUGCGGAGGAGAGGAAGACAUUGACGAGGAGAUAUAAAGAACGCAGGGGGGAGAGUGUGAGAACUUUGAUCAAGCCUUCCUACAGAGAUUGUUAAAAUAGACAGUGAGAGCCGGACACAGGAAUGGAAAGAACAAAAUCAAGUUAGUUAAUCUGCAUGUUUCAUUUUCACCUGCAUCCUGAUAGAAAAUUAAUUCCAUCUUGGAGGUUUAAGUUCUAAUCACACAGAGAGCUUAACUGAUGCUUCUACAUUUAAUAAUUUAGCAGACUUUAUUAUCCAGAGUGAGUACAUACAUUUUUCAAGCUGGUCCCACRUGGGAAUCGAACCCACAACUCUGGCGUUGCAAGUGCCAUGCUCUACCAACUGAGCCAACUGUUGAAUAUGCACUGGGUGACAAACUCAUCCAAGAAAAUUACAUUUUUUCCCCCUCCCACAACCACGUAUGAGGAUGUCCCCCGGUAGAAAAAUGUUGACUUUUUGAAAAAACACAGCAGCUUUUCAAGAGGAGGAUUUUUCAAUGUUUUUGACAGGAGGAAUGUUGGCGGGAAAUACCAAGGAGGAUUUUCCUCAAAGCCUUUCUCCCAGAUUCUCACUGAGAUUCUCUUGCCGUUUUGGCUUUUCUUGUUGUUGCGGCGUCUUCGGUCCUCUCUGUUUGACAUAUCAUUCAUUUGAGUGGCAAUGGGAGCCAGGUGCGGCGUGAAGAAAGCAACAGGGUCGCGAGAAAGGAGAGUGGCAAGAGAACCACAGCUGUCAAAAGAGGAAGGAAACAAAGAAAAGCAGAAGUAGAAAGAGCAGAGAAAAAAAGGGGGAAGAAAUAUGAGUUUGCCAACAAACUGUGUACUCCUGGCCCCUUCCUCGGACCGGUCGUUCAAAGUGCGGAAUGGGAAUAUCUGUGGAUCCCUGUGCGCAGUCAACCGGCCCAUUGACAUUGUGCAGAAGCGCAGGCGCUUUGAUGUGGAGAAUGGGCUGUCGGUGGGGCGCAGUCCCCUGGACCCCCAGGUCAGCCCCAGCUCCGGCCUGGUCCUACAGGCCAACUACCCCCACAGCCAGCGCCGCGAGUCCUUCCUCUAUCGCUCCGACUCAGAUUUCGACCUCUCGCCCAAAGCAAUGUCCCGCAACUCCUCCACGGCCAGUGAGCUGGAAGAGGGCUUGAAGCACUGGGAAGUCGGUUGGCUGCCGCGACAUGGAGAAGACAUGAUUGUGACACCAUUUGCACAGGUGCUUGCCAGUCUCCGAACAGUCAGAAGCAAUUUUGCCUACAUAACUCAUCUGCAAGAUCGGCCCAACAGGCGGCCAUCAGGCAGCAACCCUCCCUCCAUACCUACCCACACCAAGUCAAGCAUAACAGAGGAGCCGUACCAGAAGCUGGCCAUGGAGACGCUGGAGGAGCUGGACUGGUGUCUGGACCAGCUGGAGACCCUGCAGACCCGUCACUCAGUCAGUGAAAUGGCUUCCAACAAGUUCAAAAGGAUGUUGAACAGAGAGCUCACCCAGUUGUCAGAAACCAGCCGGUCAGGAAACCAAGUCUCAGAGUUUAUCGCCAACACUUUCCUAGAAAAGCAGCAUGAUGUGGAGAUUAUGUCUGGGCCUCCUAAGGAGAAAGACAAGAAGAAGAAGAGGCCCAUGUCCCAGAUCGUUGCGGUGAAGAAGCCUGCCCUCAGCCCCAGCCUCGCCCCCAUCCAGAUCCCCCGUUUCGGGGUCACCACCCUCCAGGAGGGAUUAUUGGCCACGGAAUUUGAGGAGAUCAACAGAUGGGGUCUAGAUAUUUUCAAGAUAGCUGAAUACUCGGGGAAUCGGCCUUUGACGGUGGUCAUGUACUCCAUUUUCCAGGAGCGAGAGCUGCUGAAAAACUUUAAGAUCCCAGCCGACACCUUCAUCACCUUCAUGAUGACCCUGGAGGACCACUACCACGCCGACGUGGCCUACCACAACAACAUCCACGCUGCCGACGUGGUACAGUCCACCCACGUUCUCCUCUCCACCCCCGCCCUGGAGGCUGUCUUCACUGACCUGGAGAUCAUGGCUGCUCUGUUUAGCAGUGCUAUACACGACGUAGAUCACCCCGGAGUGUCCAACCAGUUCCUCAUCAACACAAAUUCUGAGCUGGCUCUGAUGUACAACGACGCUUCUGUCCUGGAGAACCACCACCUGGCUGUGGGCUUCAAGCUGCUACAGGAGGACAACUGUGACAUCUUCCAGAGCCUCAGCAAGAAACAGAGACAGUCCCUCAGGAAGAUGGUCAUCGACAUGGUGUUGGCCACUGACAUGUCCAAGCACAUGAACUUCCUGGCUGACCUGAAGACAAUGGUGGAGACCAAGAAGGUGACCAGUCUUGGAGUGCUGCUGCUGGACAACUACUCAGACCGCAUCCAGGUCCUUCAGAACAUGGUUCACUGUGCUGACCUCAGUAACCCCACCAAGCCUCUGGAGGUCUACCGUAAGUGGACCGACCGCAUCAUGGUGGAGUUCUUCACCCAGGGGGACAGGGAGCGGGACAAGGGAAUUGAGAUCAGCCCUAUGUGUGACAAACAUAACGCCUCCGUCGAGAAGACCCAGGUGGGAUUCAUAGACUACAUCGUCCACCCUCUUUGGGAGACGUGGGCUGACCUGGUCCACCCUGACGCCCAGGACAUCCUGGAUACCCUGGAGGACAACCGGGAGUGGUACCAAAGUAUGAUCCAGCGCAGUCCCUCACCCACCCUUGAGGACAGGGAUCUUGAUGGGGGGCCAGGAGCCCUGGAAGCCACAUCGGGGGGAUGCGCCUCCACAGGGGACAAGUUCCAGUUUGAACUCACCCUGGAGGAGCAGGAGGAGGAGGGUGACUCAGACCUGGAGAGCCCCCCCGAGGAGGAGACGUCACAGGGGGGAGAGACCUCUAGGAAGACCCUGGCCCUGUCUCUAUCCCCAGAGCCCAGCAGCAGAUACCGGCCCCCCUCCCCCCACCCUGGCCGGGCCCUCAGUCUGGCCACCAUGUCGGUUAGGAGCCCCGACCAUCUCAGAACGUUGGGCCCCGGGGUGGGCGCGGACGACAUAGGCGAUAGGGACAGAAAACUGGGCCAGGAAGGCAGUAGUGUAGCUUACCUACGGCUUGGCACGUAACACAAACCUUGGCCCUCCCUUCAACUCAUUCCAUCCCUGCCUUGGUUUGUGGGUCCCAGCAGCAAUUGGACAUGCAGGGUGGGCUUUUUAUCAAGUCUGUAAUGACAACAGUUCCUUUACACUGGAGACACCUUAACACUUUUAAUAUUGUAGAACAAGAAGUAUCGUUUUAUUCUCUAUUUUCUUCUGUGUGCGAGAUAGGACUUUUUAGUCCUGCAUUCUGUAGUUGAUUCUGGGCGGAAAGUGUCUUAGACUCGAAGGUAGAGAACUGACCACAAGCUAACCAGCCUCACCAAUGUCUCCUGACGAAGCAAGGAAUUAUACUGAGAAAACAAUGUCUUCCUCAAAAUGAUGGAAUAUAGAUAUUCAAUGGAAUAUUGCAAGGAUUGUAAUCAUUUUACAGGGUCUUGGAACUUUUGCACCACACAUUUUGAAUUCAGUCAGCAUAAACUAGUAUAUUUUAUUUAGUUAGUCUCUGAGAAUUCUGUGAAUGUUUUACCAAAUCCAGUAUGUACCUGAAUAGUGAGAGAAUUGUAACUUAAACCUCAGGGUAUAACGAGAUAUAAAUUAUUUUAAUGUAGCACGGACUUCUUGGGUAGCCCUUAACUGAGACUGCCUGUUUAGAGUUGUGUUACUGAUGACAAACAGCUCUUAGAACCUUACUGCUUCAAGUUAUGCAAAAAUACAUAUUUAUUUGUCUGGCGACCUCUAUUGAUCUCAAUUGAAAAGUUCAUUAAUGAGUUUGAGAACUAAAGCAAUUUAAAUAUAAAAUGAACAGUACCAGUAAAUUGUAUUUCAAAAAUCCCGAAGUACUAUGGUUGAUUGAGGUACCCAAUACAAGUUGUUUUAAAUCUAGACUAACACCGCUUACACUCAUGUUUGUAAAGUUGUAUUUGUUUCUAUGUGAUCAUGUUUUACGUUGUCACAUUUUCUAUUUGAUUUGAAAUGGUUCCGUUUUGUUAUAUAUAAUGGGUAUGUCCUCACCAUGGGUGUAUUCAUUUCACCGAUUCUGUUGCAAAACGUUUUGCAACAAACCGUUUACUCCAAAUGGAAAACUGGUUUCUACUGGAAAAAUUCAGGUAGGUCUCUCCCAGUUUUGUUCAGGUAAACGAUUUCCUUUGCAAGACGUAACGAACACACCCCAGGUCUGUUUGUCUCUGAGCUUUGUAAGCAUCAUUAUCAGGGUGUCUCCACCAUACAGUAGCACUUUACAAUUUUUGUUGUAGAGGAAGCCCAUUCAGUUCUAAAGAGCUUGAGCCAAACCAUGAUUUUAGUGGACAGCCAUGGAAGGCUGUAGUUCCUGUCCAGAAACAACCCCUAGGCCUAACACCUAGAGCUGAGAGGAAUGGAUAGGUGUAAGCAAUAGGGAGAAAAUUCCACCUAGCAGAGGGUGAGGUGGAGACAUUGUCAUGUAGCAGGGCAUGCAGUCAACAACAUGAUAUCCUCUGUUUUAUAUAUACAUUUCAACACUGAGGUUGGAAUAAUACUGUGAAAUUGUGACAAUUAUGAUUAUGCACUUUAACAGCUAGUUCAGGUUACACAUCCCUCCCAUUAGGCUCCUCGGACCACUCUGACAGUCCUAGCUAAAUUCUUGCUGGAGAAAUUGUAUUUUGCUAAGCCAUUUGUUUCUUUUUGAGAAUUUUUAUUGAAAAUGAUCACAGUAAGGUU